AUGGCGGAAAUCCGUCGCAAGCUGGUCAUUGUUGGUGACGGUGCCUGUGGAAAGACCUGUCUUCUCAUGUGAGUCUUGCAUCCGCCAUUCAAUCACUCCCGCCGCCUGGCACUGACCGCUCCCACAGCGUCUUCUCCAAGGGUACCUUCCCAGAGGUUCGUCCCACCCACUCUUCGCCCAACCCCUGAAAGCCAGACCGCGUCAUCGCCGCCGAUAAGGCGCAGCACGCAUCAAUCACGAAUUGGCACCCAUCCGCAAUGAGCGCACCAACUGACACGCCUGACUGCAGGUCUACGUCCCUACCGUCUUCGAAAACUAUGUCGCCGACGUCGAGGUGGACGGCAAACACGUCGAACUAGCGCUAUGGGAUACGGCUGGUCAGGAAGACUACGAUCGCCUCCGACCCCUUUCAUACCCCGACUCGCAUGUCAUCCUCAUCUGCUUCGCCAUCGACUCGCCGGAUUCGCUCGACAACGUACAAGAGAAGGUAGGGAACUGCUCACGUGCCUCAUGGACAUAUACUCGAUGCUGAUUGGCUGCGCGCACACAGUGGAUCUCAGAAGUUCUACAUUUCUGCCAGGGCCUCCCCAUCAUCCUCGUCGGCUGCAAGAAGGAUCUGAGAUACGACCAGAAGACGAUUGAAGAGCUGCACAAGACCUCGCAAAAGCCGGUGACACCAGAGCAGGUACGCCUUCCACCGGUCUUCAAAGCCGAAUGUCAGGCGAGGGUAUGGAGUUGCUGACAAUAUCAUCUUUCUAGGCCGAGGACGUCCGCAAGAAGAUUGGUGCCCAGAAAUACCUCGAGUGCUCUGCCAAGACCAACGAAGGCGUCAGGGAGGUGUUCGAGCACGCCACGCGCGCCGCACUGCUCACGCGGAAGAAGAAGGAGAAGAAGUGCUCGAUCCUGUAA